GGACGUCAAGGAAACAUUCCAGAAACAACCGUCAAACAGCUCGCAGUGUGGCAAGCCUGGUGAAGCACGAAAAAAUCCCGAAAACCUCAGAAAACCCGUUAGAUUCCGGGUCGAAACCGUUGCCCAAGCGUAGCCUAGCUUCCGUGGCACUUCCGGCGCGUGCAGUUGACCGACGAGGUGCCCGUGAAACGGCAGGAGAAGUGAUUUAACAUCGAGCAGAAAAAAAAGAGGUGCUGCUGUGAAAAACAAGAUGGCGGCCGAAGAUUUUGACGUCGAGGAGAUGCUCGAGGCUCCGUACCGAAAGACUGUAAAACCAAUCCUGUUUGAAUUAGCGGAGCGCGUUGUUUCUGCCAGCUUAGGAUGAUAAACGUUGAAGGCCAAACGCAAGUGCCGCUCUAUCGAACCCCGAUAGUAGGGUCAAAUCAAUGCCAUGAUGCAAAGCGUCAGAACAAAAGUAGGAACCACUUGGUGUCUUUACUGCACCAUAAAUUCAAAAGUCAUUCGCUUUCUUUAGCAACAUCCACAGAAUAUGAACACUGUAUUCCUGUUUUUAGAUACCGCGCUCGUGUGUAUGUGUGUUGAUCCCAAGAGAUGCCCGACAACAGGCGAAAAUUUCUUUGUGCGUGUGUUGUUAAGGCAAGUUUCUUUCCUCUUCAAUUUCGUAUAUUACUAUCAACACUAGUUUUGCUAACGAUUGCCUCGCUUCUUGGGCAGUCGAAUGUCCAGGGACCAAUUUCUAUUGCUUGUAAAAAUCAGUUUGUUGUUAUCUAUCUAAACAAAAAAAGCGCGUUCCUAUAGCUGUAAUAAUGUUGCAAACCGUUUCCUUAUUUGUCCAGGUGUAUCUCUGCUAACAGAAAGCACUAUACAGAGUCAGUCAGCAAAAAAAGAGCAAAAUGGCAAAACACGGACCAACCUCUCGCGUGCGUCCUUAGGUAAUUAAGCCACAAACACAGAACAAAAAAAAAACACAACCUUAUCAAUGUUUGCGGUUGGCACACCGAAGUGAAGCACACAUCCUCAGUAAUGAUUUAUCUAUGGCGUCUUAUAUUUGCAUAUAGAUGGAAGGAAAAGGUGGCCUUUGGCUUUGGGCAGGCCCAUCCGGAACUAAACGGCGCGCACAGAAUCACGCACACAUACAGAGAGAGAGAGCGGGCGGUGCCCAGACGGUGCACUCCAAAGUAAUACGCUCGUGGCAACUCCAGGCAGGUCGAGAGUGUCCGCUGCGAGAUUCCGAGAUCGUUCGUUCCGUCCAAGCGCACAGUUGCGGUCACCCCUUUUCGUUCUAGAUCCGACUUCAAGUUACGGGGGUUCCCAUUCAUCACACCACGACCAUCCGUUACGCGCCGUCGUCGUCGUCGUCGCUUCAUCGUCACACAACUGAAAACAUCACCAAACAACCUCUCUUUACAGAUUACCUUCCCUGGCGGUUCUGUGUCCGUCCUUCUCCUUCCGCUCGAGCGCGCCCACAUGGGGGGUGGCGGUGUCGUAAGGACCUGUUAACACUAGCUUUUUGGGUUCUCUUCUAGGUUGGCCGUCGUCGUCGUUGUCUUCCACCCUUCAUGAUUUUAUGAUGUGUGUUUCGCUUACAGUGUGAUGUAACUGUGGCUUGGACGGGAUUUGGGGAACGGAACUCGUGUGCACUCGCGACUCUCAAGAGCGGGGGUUGCGCUUGCUGGAGAUUGGUUGGCUGCGGGUGGGAUUGGCAUGAUUGUAACCGGUUGCUUUCUAUGCCUCUAUAGAUACCGGGGACGAAGAGAGGAGAAGCAUACUGGACGUGGAUCGAGCUGGAUGGAAUCACUUGGUGUCCAACCCUACACCACUGGACAAAAAGUAUCAUGACUUGGUCUAGUAGGCCAUGAUAACUGCCAGCACUUACAGUACCGUUCACGACAACAAAAACGACCAAACGUCAACAAACCCCCUUCAAUCUGUUACUAAGGCAACGAGUACAACAGUCCUUGGCAAAUUCUCGAAACGCUGCAACGGGAGAAGAGUGGAUAGAAGCUAAUUGAUAGCAAUGGCCAACAAGUCGAGAACAGAACACUGAUGAAGUCUGCAAGUAGUAGACGAAACACGUAUCUGUCAAGAUAUUAAAAUAUGUAGCGGAAUUAAAAGGAACAACUCGUCUCGUUGUAUUUACAGUAAUGCAUUCUGCUAAAACGCUCAACCAAAUCACAAUAGAAGUACCUGACGUGUGACACCGUCAGAUUAUAGACCGCAGUUGAAUCUGUGUGGCAUCUCAAAAGUUCAUAACUGAAGUAAUAGAACUUAAGAUCGAGAACAAGAACCGUAAAUCAGUUCAUACCUCCAGAUUACACUCAUUAGAGAGAGACCUCAUUCUAUUGCGGACCGCCAGCAAGGAAGGUUCUUCAAACGAGUCGACAAUAAGAAGCAACCGGUUCCGUCGACCACGUUCCGUCCGCUCGCCAUCUCCAGCAGCGGCAAUCCCCGCACCAAUCAUCCUAGCGUUUCUCCUCUUAUUUCGCAAUGCAACACGUUUUUUCAAAGGUCAUAUUUUCCCCUUACAGAUCGGUUUGCUUUUGAAAAGCACACACGUUCUGCCAGAAAAAGAAACGCGUGCAAACCCGUGAGAUGAAUAGAGCCCCCAAUAGAGAGCACCGCCCACCAGGUAGAGACAAGCCAUACGCAAUAGAGCGCACACAUAUUGAAAGCAAACAAGUGCUGGAAUUUGGUAAAAACACAAUUCCUAGGUGUGUUUGUGUGUGCGCGCGCGUAAGCUAGCCCCGCAUUUUUUCUCAAAGAUCUCCAUCAUCUCAAGAGUAUUAUUUUUGCAGAAAACUCAAUCUCACAGUGAAUACGACGCGCACAACACGCACACACACAAAAUAGUAGCUCUCUCUAUCUACGGUUAUGGUUGCGUGUGAGUGUGAUGUGUGUGCGUGACUUGGUGAACGUCACGCGCCGUUCACUGAGUUGUUGUGGGUCGUCCAGAGAACCGGAGGACGGAUCACCGGCGGCUGAAAACGGCACGUCCAACGGAGAUCGCCACAAGGAUCGAGACCAUCAUCGGGACGGCAAGUCGUCGAGACAUCGCAGCCGUGACCGCGAGGGUGGCGAAAAGCGCCACAAGGAACGGUCGAGAUCGCGCGAGCGGCGCCACAAGGAGCGUCGUCGCAGCAAGGAUCGCUCGCGGUCGCGCUCCAAGGGACACGAGCGCAAGGAGAAGGACCGCAGUGGACGCGGUGGCGACCGGAAGGAGCUUUCGGGGCGGGGCGACCGGCGUCGAUCGCGCGAUCGGUCCCACGAGAGGGAACGGCACGAGCGCGAUCGUCACCGCGGUGAGCGCAAUGAGAAGCCGCGUCGACGUAGCCGCAGUCGGCCACCGGCGGCGGGACCACCACGACGCCGAUCACGCUCCCCGCGGCCAUUCCGACGGGGUCGUACGCCCCCGAAUGGAGUCCGCUACAGGGAUGGAUCUCCGCUGGAGGAGCUCAGCCCGGAGGAGCGCGAUAUGCGCACCGUGUUUUGCAUGCAACUGUCGCAGCGAAUCCGGGCCCGCGAUCUGGAGGAGUUCUUCUCUAGCGUGGGCAAGGUUCGGGACGUGCGGUUGAUCACGUGCAACAAGACGAAACGCUUCAAGGGAAUCGCGUACAUUGAGUUCCGUGAUCCGGAGUCGGUUGCGUUGGCGUUGGGGCUGUCCGGCCAGCGAUUGCUGGGCAUUCCGAUCUCGGUGCAGCACACGCAGGCCGAAAAGAACCGGCUGGCGAACAUUCCUCCGCCACCGCCGCCGAAGGUCAUCGUUGGACCGAUGCGGCUGUACGUGGGAUCGUUGCACUUUAACAUCACCGAGGACAUGCUGCGCGGAAUCUUCGAGCCGUUCGGUAAGAUCGACAACAUCCAGCUGAUUAUGGACUCGGACACGGGUCGGUCCAAGGGCUACGGCUUUAUCACAUUCCACAACGCGGACGACGCCAAGAAGGCGCUAGAACAGUUGAACGGCUUCGAGUUGGCCGGACGUCCCAUGAAGGUGGGCAACGUGACCGAGCGAUUGGACGUUACGACCCACGCAUCGCUCGACACCGACGAAAUGGACCGCAGUGGAAUCGAUCUCGGUGCAACCGGACGGCUACAGCUGAUGUUUAAACUGGCAGAAGGUGCCGGAUUGGCCGUGCCACGUGCAGCAGCCGACGCCCUCCUCGCCACGGCUCCGCAACCUGCGCCAAACCAGCCGGUCCAAGAUUCACCGGCGAUCGCCACACAAUGUUUCUUGCUGUCGAACAUGUUCGAUCCGGCCACCGAAACCAACCCCAGCUGGGACGUUGAAAUCGAAGACGACGUCAUCGAAGAGUGCAACAAACACGGCGGCGUCCUGCACGUCUACGUGGACAAACAAUCUCCGGCCGGAAACGUGUACGUCAAAUGCCCAAGUAUCGCGACGGCCGUCCUCGCCGUAAACGCCCUGCACGGUCGUUGGUUCGCCGGACGGGUCAUUGCCGCCGCGUACGUCCCGCUCGUCAACUAUCAUACACUGUUCCAGGAAUCGGCCACGGCAUCCGCCCUCCUGAAGCCCAACAGAACAAAUUAGGGCCGCGGUCAAAGUAACGCUGAGAUAGGUUUAAGUGGGUGCGCGUUUGUCCUGCUCCCUUAUCCGGAAAUGUGAUAUCAAGUCAGCGCGCGUUGCUACGUUCUGAGGAAUGUAGAACACUCACACGAUUUCUCCGGAAUGAGGGCGCGGACGCGGAUGGACGACCAUGAGUGUAUGAGCGAGGACGGAAAGGGUGCGCGAGUCAAUUAAUUUGUGGACAGAAUUAAGUUUUUUCUCUUUCGUUUGUUUCAUAGAUUUACACGGCUUUCGUUCAAUAAAGUAAAAAUAAUUGAUCUUUUUUUUUUUGGUUCGGUAGUGUUCAGCUUGAAGCGUUUCCUAGUAGUGAGUGACGCCUGUUACGUUCACAUUCGCGUAACGUUGCACUAACUAACAAAGUUGAUUAAGAAAUAAUCUAAUUUUAAGCAACAGUUUCAAUAUACAUGUAACACACACACACUUGGUAAGAGCGAACAAAUAAAGUGUAGACAUUUUAACGG